AUGAAAAGGGGAGAUUUAUGCAAGUUCUUCAUCAUCACAGUAUCCAGGUGGGCGCAAUUCAUAACCGCAGCUACGGUCGCCCACCGAGCAAACAAUACUGGACUGAUGCAUUGGUCCCACGACAAUACAUGGUUUAACUUAGGCAGGAUAGUGUAUACUAAUUCCACCAAGCAAUCCACUUGCAUUCCACCCCAGUCGACCCAGACAAGAUUGAUAGAUAUCUUACAAGACGAAAGUUCCGUGCCGCCUUCUAAGGAGCACAUUCACGAGCGUUGUUUGAAAAGUCCAAAUGAGACUACAGUAGCUGAUUGUGUCGAUAGCGCACGCAUCCAUUCUGUUAUUUACUUGUGUGGGGGCACAGAUGCAGGCUCUAAUUUGGCUUCACGGCAUUGGGGAGAACAAGACGAAAAGGUCUUCUCACAGCAAAUUUCUUCCACAGGUCUUGAGCAUGUUCAAUGA